CUUCCCUCUGGGGUUGGUGUGCUUGUGUUUAGUUCUCAGAGAUAGUCAAAUAGGAUUCCUUUGGGAAGGGACACAAAUCACUCCCAUUUUAACAAGAGGAACAACACGGGAUCGGCAGCCACAAGGGUCCUCCUCUUCUUGAUUUCCAAUUUCUUAUUCAUUUCCAUUUGACAGGGAAUAUCUCUGCAAAAGGAAAACAAAGAGAGAAAGGGAAGAAGAAAAAAACUUGUCAGGGGUUGAUGCCAUUUGAUCUAGCACAAUCUGAAAGCUCUAGUUGAUCCCAUUCUCUAGUUGAUACCAGAGCACACAGAGCAAGUCUCUUUAAAACGGGGGGAUAUCGUCAAAACCUCAAGUGAGAUUCUGUUAAUUUGCACUGUCUUGCGUUUCGCUCGUUUGUCUUCUUAUCACUGUUUGAAGUGCUUUUCGUCUCUGACACACCUGGAUUUCGAUAAGUCGUCUUUGGACUCUUUUCGUCUUUUUCGCUUGGUUUGAAGUAAACAGACAGACUGUCACUGGCAUCAACGCGGACCCAGUACUAGCUCGCGCCCACGUUGUUACCCUCUUUUACCUGUGAUUAGAGAAAACACAUUUUGGGACACUCAAACGGAGAGAGGGAGCGCGAUUUUUUCAUGUUUGGGAUUCAGGAGAGCAUCCAGAGGAGUGGGAGUAGUUUGAAAGAGGAACCCAUCGGAUCCGGUAUGAACGCAGUUCGGACAUGGAUGCAGGGAGCCGGGGUGUUGGAUGCGAACACCGCCGCUCAAAGUGGAGUGGGUCUUGCCCGGGCUCACUUUGAGAAGCAACCGCCGUCAAAUCUUCGGAAAUCCAAUUUCUUUCACUUCGUUUUGGCUCUAUAUGACAGACAAGGACAACCAGUGGAAAUCGAAAGGACGUCUUUCCUCGGUUUUGUCGAGAAGGAAAAGGAAUCCACUGGAGAAAAGACCAACAAUGGUAUACACUACAGACUGCAACUUCUCUACAGUAAUGGCAUCAGGACAGAGCAGGACUUUUAUGUGCGACUCAUCGACUCCAUGACUAAACAGGCCAUUAUUUAUGAAGGUCAAGACAAGAACCCAGAGAUGUGCCGAGUGUUACUGACACACGAGAUCAUGUGCAGCCGCUGCUGUGACAAGAAGAGCUGUGGCAACCGCAACGAGACCCCAUCUGACCCAGUCAUCAUCGACAGGUUCUUCCUGAAGUUUUUCCUGAAAUGCAACCAGAACUGUCUGAAGAAUGCAGGGAACCCGCGGGACAUGCGCCGCUUCCAGGUGGUGGUGUCUACUACGGUCAGUGUGGAUGGACAUGUCCUGGCGGUCUCUGACAACAUGUUUGUCCACAACAACUCCAAACACGGCCGCCGGGCUCGUAGGCUGGACCCCUCGGAAGGUACGCCAUCAUACCUGGAACAUGCAGCUGCCCCCUGCAUCAAAGCUAUCAGCCCCAGUGAGGGCUGGACAACAGGGGGCGCAACUGUCAUCAUCAUAGGGGACAACUUCUUUGACGGCCUACAGGUCAUCUUUGGCACCAUGCUGGUCUGGAGUGAGCUCAUCACACCCCAUGCCAUCCGGGUGCAGACUCCGCCUCGCCACAUCCCAGGGGUGGUAGAGGUGACCCUCUCCUACAAGUCCAAGCAGUUCUGUAAAGGGACGCCCGGACGCUUCAUCUACACAGCUCUGAAUGAGCCCACCAUCGAUUACGGCUUUCAGCGGCUGCAGAAGGUCAUCCCCCGACACCCUGGAGAUCCAGAACGCCUUCCAAAGGAGGUGAUUCUGAAGAGGGCAGCAGACCUUGUGGAGGCUUUGUAUGGGAUGCCCCACAACAACCAGGAGAUUAUUCUGAAGCGGGCGGCGGACAUAGCAGAGGCUCUCUACAAUGUUCCCAGGAACCACAACCAACUGAGCGGCCUGGGCAAUAGCUCCGUCCACGCAGGCAUGAUGGGGGUCAACUCCUUCCCUGGCCAGCUGGCCGUCAAUGUGUCCGAGUCCUCCCAGGGAGCCAAUCAGGGUGAGGGGGCGGGUCGAUACGGGUGUGGCGCUAUCGUCAUAGAAACCGGUUUCAGUCGGAACACGAGCAGCGUGUCUCCACAUGGCUAUGUGCCCAGCUCCACCCCCCAGCAGACUAACUACAGCUCUGUGACCACCAGCAUGAACGGCUACGGCAACACUGUCAUGUCCAACCUGGGAGGAUCCCCCAGCUUCCUCAACGGCAGCGCUGCCAACUCGCCCUACGCCAUCGUUCCCUCCAGCCCCAACAUGGCGUCCUCCACCAGCCUGCCCUCUAACUGUAGCAGCUCUUCUGGGAUCUUUUCCUUCUCCCCUGCCAACAUGGUGUCGGCCGUCAAGCAGAAGAGCGCCUUCGCUCCCGUGGUGCGACCCCAGACCUCACCCCCGCCCACCUGCACCAGCACCAAUGGCAACGGUCUCCAAGAUCAGUCUUUUGUGGACUCUAGCAAGUACUCCACAGCCAGCUCGCUGCAGGGCCUGGCCUUCUCCUGAAUGAUUCCUGGAAUGAUCGUUCCUCCCAUGUAAGCGGUGCGUGUGUGUGAGGUGAGGAGAAGGACACACACACCCAGACAUGGAUCUCAGCAUGUACAUAAGGCUCCGGUUUAGGACUGGAUCGUCAGUCCUGCAUUGAAGGAAUGGAACCCGUAACUCAGGCCCUUUUUAAAAGGAAUCACAUUUGAACAAAAAAAAAAAGAAGACGAAGAAAAAAAAAACGGAGAAAA